AUGAGCAACAUGGGCUCUAUCAUCGGUCAGCCACUCGGCGAUGAGCUGCGCCGCGAAUACGGCGACGACCUGGCUAUUGAGGGCGUCGACUAUGCAGCGCUGCUUUCCACCAACUAUCUUCCCGGUGGUACCGAUCUCGUCUCCGAGCGCGAGAUGCGCGGCAUUCUUGAAGACAUCAACAGUCAAUGUCCUUCGGCUGUCAUCGUCUGCGGUGGCUACUCUCAAGGUGCAGCAGUCAACCACCGCGCUAUCGAGGAUCUCUCCGCCAGUGUCAAGAACCAGAUCGCUGGUGUCGUUACCUUUGGCGACACCCAAAACCGCCGUGACAACCAGCAGAUCCCCAACUUCCCCCGCGACAAGCUCCGAAUCUUUUGCGGUGGGCUCGUUCGCGACACGGUUUGUGACGGUAACCUCGCAGGGGCUGUUCUACUUCCUCAUCUCAGCUAUGGCGAUGACGCGGAGGAGGCUGGCGAGUUCUUGAUUGGAAAGAUCAAUGCGGUUCGUGCCGCUAAAGCUUAG